AAGACUUCACAUAACAGACCACAAAAAUUUACCAUUCAUAUUCUGCAUUCUCAAACUCUUUUUUCAUCCUAUUUCUCUCAAUUGUCAUGGCUAUACAAUCACCUUCCUCAUCCUCUUCAUUUUCCUAUGGAUUCACUUACCAAGUGUUCCUUAGUUUUAGGGGCACUGACACUCGGCACGGUUUUACCGGAAAUCUCUACAAGGCUCUUACUGACAAGGGAAUCCAUACCUUCAUUGAUGACAAUGAUCUUCAAAGAGGAGAUGAAAUCACACCAUCACUCCUCAAGGCCAUUGAUGAAUCUAGGAUUUUUAUUCCUGUGUUUUCUAUCAACUAUGCCUGUUCUUCGUUUUGUUUGGACGAACUUGUCCACAUAAUUCACUGCUACAAGACAAAGGGUCGCCUCGUUUUGCCUGUUUUCUUCGGCGUGGAACCUACUAACGUGCGACAUCAGAAAGGUAGUUAUGGUGAAGCAUUGGCUGAGCAUGAAAAGAGGUUUCAAAAUGAUCCGAAAAACAUGGAGAGGUUGCAGGGAUGGAAAGAGGCUCUGAGCCAGGCUGCUAACUUGUCCGGCUACCAUGAUAGUCCUCCUGGGUAUUAAUGAUUAGUAGGAGUGGUGGCUCAAGUGUCUUUAGGUGCUCUGAUACGUAACGGGAUGAGAAUUUUAAUGUUGUCUUUCUAUUCCUUACGUAUUGCUCAAAGAAUUUUCAUGAAUAAGAUGUUGAUCAAAUUUGUAUGAGAUAUUAAUGAUGAGGCCUUGUGCCAAAGACUGUUUUGAUUA